GUGUUAUUGUUUUAACUGCGAUCCGAGUCGAGUUUAAAACGUUGAACUAUGACCGUUGGGAAAUAUUGACUACUCCAAUACGUCAGGAAUUGUAAUGAAGAAGCCGCACCGACGGUAUGUUGGCUAAGCAAGAGCGGUGGUGUAUGUGCCUAAUAAACUCCUUUUUAACAUACAAAUAAAGUAAAACAAAUUAUUCACAACAGAAUGGCUUUCCAGUACCAACUUAGCACAGAUGAGCAGAUUUGGGUGAUGAUACGAGUGAAGCAAGGAUUGAUGACAAUGGAGGAAGCUUUGGAAUAUGUUCGCAAACAGCACGAGGCAGCUGGGCUCCCACCAGUAGUAGCUCCAUGCCAUAUGUAUACUACUCCUAGAUCCCCACCUACCUCGCCGAGACCUACCAGGGCAAACUCACAUAACCCGUCAAAUCAGGAACGCUUUUCAAAUCGGGCUAGAGGACGUAGCCUUCUCAAGCACUUCUCGCGUCAGCGCUCACCAGGGUCGCCAGGGAGGGAAUUCGAGGAGUAUGAUUGUCAAAACCAUCCUAUGCGUCCCAAGUCUAUUGGCACUCCUUAUUCUAUGGACAGGGAGUGGGAUAAAACUGACGAACUUCUCGAUUUGAUGCUUGCUCAAGGUAAAAUCUCUUGUGACGACCACAAAGAGUUGCUUCAAAAGUUUGCAACGGUGAAGAAUUAUAAAAAUGGUGAUGCACAGCGUAUGAUACUUGGGAAUCUUGUCAAGACUGGAAGAAUAUCUAUAGAUGAUGCUGUGCACUAUUCAAGAUUGCUUGGCAUUGUGGCAUCAGCAGAAACAGAAGCCCGCACGAUAGCAGAAGUAAACAACGCCUUCAAUGAUAAAAGGGUGUAUAACUUUGGUGUUUACAAGUACUACAGACAUCGUUCCUGUCAAAGACGCAUUUUGCAGAUAGACUUUCAAUCAUGUCAGAUCUGCAACAUACAGAAAGGAAACUUGAAUCGCAUAUUUGCUUUUGCACAGGUUACGGAUUACGAAAGCGAGGAAGGCUUGAGGUUUUUCAUCUAUUUUAAAGGCCAUCAAGAAUAUGAACUAGAAGCCGACAGCCAAGAGGAGAAACAGAAGAUAUGCAGACUUCUUAACCUGAUAUUGGAAAACAACAAGUCAUCUGCUGAAGGACGUGUUCUCACACAAGCAGACUUUAGAGGGACUCUAAUGCGAUGUCAACAAGUUGUCAAGGAAGGUUUUCUUGAGAAGAAAAAUCACAACCUUUACACCACAUACACAAGGAGGUGGAUUCGCAUACGAGAGGGUGAAUUAUCAUAUUACAAACCAGAUGAGGACAAUCAGCAAGCUCUCAACAUACUUCAACUUUCAGAUGAUGUUACUCUGGUCAAAAAGCUCAACUACAGUGGAUUUAGCAUAACAACAAGAAAGAAAGUGUACCUUUUCCGAGUCAUCCCAUCUGGUAACGCAACCCAAGCAAGCAUUGAGAAGGAACGUGAUGAAUGGUUCAGGGCCAUUCGUUUUGCCUGUGGAGACAGAAGAGACUCUGUGGCUAAAUUUGGACUAGAUGAGACUUUCAGCAAGAACGUCUCUGCAUCAUCAGAUAAUAAGCACAAGAGAGAAAGCAUUUACCAAGCCUUCAGAUUAUUUCAAGAAGAAUUGGAGAGAUUUUCGUCAGUUAUUUGCAGUAUUGACAACAAGGGAGAUGCUUCUAAAGCCUUACACCACCUUCAACAAAAAGCAAAGGUGAUUGAGACAUUAUGUUCUCAAAUGAGACCAUCAUCAGAUACAAGUUUCAGUGCCAUUUCGACAUCUAUGGAUACAGAAACCUCGUCACAUGUUGACACACAGUCAAGUGGCAUACUAGAGAGCAGUGACCAUAGCUGUGAUGACCAACUUCCGCCUCUCCUUAAAUCAGACCGUCAUUCAUUGAUUAUUGGCAACAGUUGGGCUCUUCACAAUAAUCAAUCCAGCAAUCCAUCUACCAAUGGCCUGUCUAAUGGACACUCCUUGAUUGUUGAUCCACCUGGAUGUGAUAUUGACAACCAAAAUGGAAGUGAAGAAGUACUCCCUGUUACACAUAUGACCAACGGUCUUCCACAGAGAACAAGUAUUAUAAUGAAUUGCAACAAAGCAAGCGCACCAAGAAACCUCUCAACCGUGUUUGAACCAUUUAUCCCCCCUCCUCCAGCACCACCCCCACCACCAGAAAUGGUAGCACCUGUCACAAGAAAGUUCGAAGUUACUUCUAAAGUGAAAAUGAGACCAUUCCAUUGGAAUAAAGUGUCAGCUCUUAUGAUAAAGAAAUCCAUUUGGCAAAAUGCACGUGACUUGACGAGAAAGAUAGACACAGACUUUCUUCAGCAAAUGUACUCCGAAAAACAUGAAAAGGAAACAUCUUCAGAAACAACAGAGAAAGCUGAUACCAGCAAAAAGAAACUUAAAAGCUUUCUUGAUCCGAAAGUUGCCCAAAAUCUUGGAAUUUUCCUUGCUGGCUUCAAGAUGGACGCUGAGGAAUUGAAGUUCAGAUUAGCCAUUCUUUCAGAGGAUGAUGGAGGUCUCAGUGCAGAACAGAUAAACAUUCUCAGAAGAUAUCACCCAACAGCUGAAGAUAUUGAGACCUACAAAAAAUUUAAAGACAGACAAGCAGAGCUGGAAAACACCGAUCAAUUCAUGCUGCAAUUGUGUGAGAUACCGUACCUUAAAACCAGAUUAAAUGUGUUGAUGGUAGUCAACGAAUUUCCUGUACAGUACGAUGACAUUGCACCGACAGUUGACAGAGUUCAUGAUGCCUGUAAAGUUCUUUGCACCAGUGAAAAGUUUGUUUGUGUCCUUGAACAUGUUCUGGCAGUCUGUAACUUUAUAAACAGUGGAUCGGCUCAAGGAGUAGCAAUGGGGUUCAGACUUACAACUUUGCCAAAGUUGGCAGACUGCAGAGGCCGAGAUAGGGCAUGUACACUUUUAAAGUAUGUCGUCCAGCAGAUCCAGAAAAACUGUCCAGAACUUUUGGAAUUUAUUGAUGAGCUCAUGCCAAUAACACUACUUGCUGAUGUAUCUAUAAAGGCCUUGGAAGCUGAAGUUGAAGUCAUGAAGAAAGACCUUAACAAUAUCAAGAAAAACACAGCAAUGCUUCUGAAAGAUGAAACGCCGCCGGACAGAGACAUCGCAUUUUGUGACGAUGUUGCUGCAUUUGUUGAACAAUAUGAAGUUAAGCUCACACAGCUUCAGAAGAAGAGUGAAGUCAUGAAGAAACUAUACGAGCAAAUGCUGGAGAGAUUUGCGGAGCCGCCAGGUGUUGACUCUAGUGAUACUUUCACAGCUAUCAGUGACUUUGUCAAAGCUUUCAAACGGGAGACUGAUCUCAUCCUUGCUGCUGCGGGACUUGGAAGGAGAAAAUCAAAGUCAAAGAUUCAACAGUCAUACUUGAAGAAAGAGAAUAGUUCACAAUUCGAAAAAGUUGAGCAGAAAUUCAUUUCAGACACUGAUCAUGUUGUGAAUACUGGAAGUGUAGAUGACACAUCUCCCAGCCAUGUUGCUGCAUUGAGAAAAGCAUUCAGUGCUGAAGAAAACAGGGCAUACAGUAGACAUGGACGUGAAAUACUAAAGGCUUUCCAGGGGAAGAAACACGACAAGAGACAGGCUUUGAACCCUACAAAGGAAGGUUACUUGGACAAAUUAAGCAACACUAAGUCACCUCUCACUUCCUCAUGGAAUAGACGUUUUUUUGAGCUAACCACCAAAGGCCACCUGUAUUACAGUAAGCGAAAAAAUGAAAAGAAUGUGGAGUCAAUCUACUUGCGCGGAGUUCCAGUUGCACUUGAAGAUGAUAAAACUUUGGUAUUACAAACGGAAGAAAGAUGUUACAAACUUCGAGCCCAUUCACACAAAGAGGCACAAGAGUGGCUGGAAUGUCUUCUGUUCUACACACACAAACCGGCAAAUAUACCCAAAAGAUCACCAACACCAAAGUCAUUUGAAGGACAGUAAGUUCGCAUCAGUUGCAAAUGAAAUAUUGAAUUUCAUGACAUAUAAAAAUUUACGUCAGUAUAAAAGCUUAAGCAUGUAAAUUUAAUGCUAGUAUUAAUUAAUGUAAUCGACUGAGGUAACUGGGCUUUGACAAUGACUUUCACAUGAACACCAUUCACAACAUAGCAUUGUUAGAUAUUUAGAUAAUAUAUUGAAUGUGACCAAUUUGGCUGUGGUGUGUAUCUCGUAGCCUGCUUUUCUUAGUCUUGAUUGUUUUAUUUGUUUUUUAUCAAUACAAGUUAAAGGAUUUGGGUAAUUUUUCACAAUGUCCAUAGAU